UUCAUUCUUAAGUGGUAGCAUCAAUAUUUUAAUUUUAUCUAUUAUAGUGUUAUAACUGUUAUAAUACAAAUUUUCCAUAAUGGCACGUAGAUAUGAUACACGCACAACAAUCUUUUCCCCAGAAGGUCGUCUUUAUCAAGUAGAAUAUGCAAUGGAAGCUAUAAGUCAUGCAGGUACUUGCCUUGGCAUUUCAGCAGCUGAUGGUAUUCUACUUGUAGCAGAAAGACGUAAUAUAAAUAAACUAUUAGAUGAAGUUUAUUAUUCUGAAAAAAUUUACAAAUUACAUGAUGACAUUGUGUGCUCUGUUGCUGGUAUUACUUCUGAUGCUAAUGUAUUGACUAAUGAAUUACGUUUAAUUGCUCAACGCUAUUUGUUACAAUAUGGAGAACCAAUUCCUUGUGAACAACUUGUUUCUUGGCUUUGUGAUAUAAAACAGGCAUAUACACAGUUUGGUGGAAAAAGGCCUUUUGGUGUUUCUAUUUUAUAUAUGGGAUGGGAUAAAUAUUAUGGAUAUCAAUUAUACCAAUCAGAUCCAAGUGGAAAUUAUGGAGGUUGGAAAGCAACUUGUAUUGGACAUAAUUCUGCUGCUGCAGUGUCAUUAUUAAAGCAAGAAUAUGCUAAUAACAAUAUCACAUUAGAGGAAGCUAAAGCAUUGGCUGUAAAAGUACUUUCCAAAACUUUAGAUCUUAAUAAAUUAUCAGGAGAUAAAGUGGAGAUGGUUACUCUUACAAGAGAAAAUAAUAAAACUAUUACAAGAAUCCUUCCCAUAAAUGAAGUUGAUGCCUUAAUUGCAGAACACGAUCGCUUAGAAGCACUUACUGAACAAGUCAAGAAAGAAAAACAAAAGUUAUAAAACAAAAUAUCCAAAUAUAUGUAUAUCUUGCUUUGAUAUCAUUUACUAGUAUUGCCCUGAAAUUCUAUAAAUUUUCCUGUUUUCUACA